CCUAGGAAAGAAAUCUUUCGAAAUCGUCUAAAGUACUCAAUGUUACGUGAAGACGAAAGGUAGCAAAAGCCGAUGCGAAAACCCCCAACUCAGAUGAAUCUGGUGAAGCUGAAAGUUAGAGAGUGACCCUUCCAGUUUCUUAUUAGGAAUCAACGAAGAAAACAAGUCCAAUUUUAUAUCAUUAUCAAACGUGUGCAAUGGAUUGGGCAUUUGUGCAAAAAUCUUGGGAGAAAUGGGCUUCCACCAAUAUUGGAUCUUCUGGUCAGCCAUUGAAGGCUGCUUUGCUGAUUAACUAUGACCCACUCAGACCUUCUCGGCUGUUGUGUACUAUUGCAGAACAGGAAGGAAUGAAAAUCAGCCCAAUUGGAUUGAGUCAAUUGAUCAGUUUCAUCAAGCGCAACCAACUUCAAAAAGAGACCUUUGUGAUCGGGAAUAACCAAUACAUGGUUACAUCAAUCCAUGAAAAUUGGUUCUUUGCGAGGUGCCUGAAUGCAUCAAAAUCCUCUGGUGAAGGUGCAAUUGUCAUGCAGACAUCAGGGCUUCUCUUGGUUGCGCUGUACGAUGGGUCAAUUGGCUUAGCAUCUCGUGCCAUGGUAUCUGUUGAUCAACUUGUUUGGUCGUUGAAUCGAAGGAACCUUUAACCUCAGCCUCCAUAUCAAAAGAAUAAUUCUAAGUUACCUUGCAGGCAAGUUGUAGAGAUCAUUAUUAAGACUCCAGUCUGCCUAUCUGCAACAUAUGAUCAUUUAACUGGUGAAUGAGUACGACAGAGGCUCGGAGUUGCGUGAAAUUAAUAGGUUGGAAUGGGAUGUAAUGUGGUCGUGAAUAAUGCUCUAUAUGUCCAAAAUAUUAACCAUUGGUGUAACCAUUUACCAAGUAAUUUUUUUCCCUGGGCACAUUGUUUUCUGAAUGCUUGCUACAUUCAUUAAUCAGAGCCUGGUUUUGUGUUUUAUA